GUCAAAGGACGCUACUUCACGGAGAGGCGCCUGGAGGACGACUUCAUCGUGAGUGGGACGGUCUUGGGGACCGGCUGCAGCGGCGCUGUCCUAGCGGCCACCUGUCGACACCGGCCUGGUCGGUAUGCAAUCAAAGGCUACGAUCUGAAUUAUCUCCACCCAGAUCAGAAGCAGAGGCUAUUGGCAGAGCUUGAGGUCUUUCUCAGCCUAGACCAUCCGCACAUCGCUCGGCUCCACUCAGUCUACGAGUCCAAAGACCAACUGAGCUUAGUGAUGGAAUGCAUGGUAGAUUUUCGGGAGGACUUCUUCAUCAGCAGUGGGUUGGAGGCCGUGACCCUGGAUAACGGAAGGAGUCAGUCUGUCAGCUAUAUUCACAGCCGGGGCGUGGUCCAUCGCGAUCUGAAGCUGGAGAACUUCCUGUAUGAUGCGCAGGGUAGCGAUUUCCUGAAGCUCAUCGACUUUGGAUUCAGCAAGUUCUUCCGCGUGAGUCAGAAGAUGAAGGAAGCCAUGGGCACACUUUCCUAUGUUGCCCCAGAGGUCCUAAGACAUCGCUAUGCAAAAGGCAGCUGUGACAUGUGGAGCCUUGGCGUUAUUGUGUUCAUCCUGCUGAGUGGGGAGAUGCCUUUCAAUGGUCGGACAGAUUAUGAGACUGCGUGCAAGAUAAAGGCUGGCAAGUACAAGUUGCACAGGAGACAGUGGUACAGCAUCUCAAUCAACGCCAGGAAGUUCAUUGAACAUCUGCUUGUCGUUGACCCAAAGAAGCGCAUCUGGGGAUGUUUCGAGUUCCUCGGCUACUCCCUGGAGUUUCUGGCCGCACAGGUCCAGGAAGGCUCAGAGAAAUACCAGGAAGCGAUGCGGGCCCUGGACAUUCUGUGCAGCCGGACAGGUGAUGAUAUCAGUUACAGCAGCUUCCUGGCUGCCAUGAUUGCGUCUACCAAGCUCGAGGCCACAAAGGUAGCAGCGGAAUCGGCCUUCCGGCGUUUUGACCGAGAUGGCAGCGGAUACCUGAGCCCCUGCAAGCUCCGGGAAGUUCUGGGAGAGGACUUUGACGUGGACCAAAUUUUCAAAGAAAUUGACCACGACCAGGAUGGCAAGAUUUGCAUCGACGACUUCGUGGCGCACUUGAAUGAUGUCCAGUGUGCGGCCGUCGAAAAGCUGCUGGUGAGUUACAAGUUUGUGAUAGUUCGCGCAUAG